GGAAAGGGAAGGAGUGAAUCAGUUUGGUUGAUUUUAUGUGAAUCAUUUAAUAGCAAAUAGUAUUUGUAAAAACGUAUUUAUUUUUGGUUUUCUAAAUGUUAAGUGAAAAUUUCUAUGAUAAAAUGUUUUCAAUAAAGUUUGUUAUUCGCCAUUUAGGAAACGGUCAUGAGUAGUUUUUUUAAGAACAUAGUUUUCGUGUGCAAGUGGAAGUGUUAUUAAAAAAUGCCAUUCAAUUUUUUUUGUUGUGUGAGGCCCGGAGUUGAAGACGUCGUGGAGUUGGAUUACUCUCAUCAAUCCUUAACAGAUGUUCCCACCGAUGUGUUUGUGUAUGAGAGGACACUAGAAACACUGCUCUGCCAAAGUAAUCGUAUCACAGAGUUACCGCGCCAGCUUUUUAUGUGCCAUGGUUUGAAAUAUUUAGAUCUUAGUGAUAAUGAGUUACAAGCGAUUCCCACAGCAAUAUCCUCUUUGGUAAAUUUACAGCAUUUAAACAUCAGUAGAAACACAUUGGCGUCGAUACCUGACAACAUGAAAGCACUGAAAUAUCUCAUGUUCCUUGACCUCAGUGUUAACCCUCUGGAGAAACUACCAGAUGCCAUAACAAAUCUCAUAGCACUAAAAGAACUAUAUCUUAAUGAUACAUAUCUCGAAUAUCUUCCUGGAAAUUUUGGAAGACUAGCUAACCUAAACAUAUUAGAGUUGAGAGACAAUUACCUUAUGAUUUUACCCAAAUCUCUGUCUCGUUCCACUGAACUCUUGCGAUUGGAUAUAGGACAAAAUGAGUUUCAGCAAUUCCCUGAAGUUAUUGGAAGAUUUCUUAAGUUAAAAGAGCUGUGGAUUGAUAGUAACAGCUUUACAACAAUACCAUCUAUAAUUAAGCCAUUAGAAAAUUUGAUUCACCUAGAAGCUAGCAAUAAUAUGAUUGAAGAACUUGCACCAGAAAUUGGAAAUUGUACACAGUUGUUAGACUUAAGUUUAUCUAUCAACAGCUUGACACAGUUGCCUGACAGCAUUGGGCAGCUAAGUAACCUGACUUCUUUGAAGCUAGACAACAAUAGGUUGUACUGUUUACCAGAUAGUAUAGGUCAGUUGAAGAACCUAGAGGAAUUAAUGCUCAUGUGUAAUUAUUUAGAUAAAAUACCAUCAUCUAUUGGACUUUUAAGAAAACUGCAAUAUUUAAAUGUUGAUGAUAAUAUGUUGAAAUCAAUCCCUCCAGAAAUUGGGAGUUGUACAAAGUUAUCUGUGUUAUCUCUACGAGCAAAUAAAUUGUCAAAAAUCCCUCCAGAAAUUGGGCAUUUGUCCUCUCUAAGAGUAUUGAAUUUAGUGAGAAAUUCUCUAAGUUGUCUUCCCCAGUCCUUAUUAAAUUGUGAUAAUUUGGUGGCUCUUUGGCUCUCUGAAAAUCAAAGCAAACCUUUAGUGCCUAUGCAUUCUGAAGUUGAUCCUCAUACUUAUGAACAAGUCCUAACUUGUUUUCUGUUCCCACAAGUGCCUUUAACACCUAUUGAAUUAAAGAAUGAUAAUGAAAAACCUGAAAACACAGAGACACAAUCAACUGUAAGACACAUUAGUUUUGUUGAUAUGAAGGCUACUGCAAAAGUCCCAGAGAAACCUGGACAGCUGCGAAGGGCACCUACUCCUUACCCUAAAGAAUUGCGAGCUAUGGCUAAACAUGCAAGAAAUAUUCAUAAAGAUGGAACUCAAGAUGUAACACCACCUAUGCAAAAUGCUGUUCACAUAAAAGCAGCAAAGAUCACUCCAACUUUACAGCAAAGAUUUGCAUCAGACAACAAAAAGGAGAGCAAUAAUACUACAAGCAUAGAAAAUGGUGGAAACAUUAAAGAAACAUUUAAAACAGCCUCAAUAUAUGAUAAUCUACCCCCGGAAAAUGCUUAUGACAGACCAUUAGAUCUUACUUAUGAACAAGAUAAAACAUACAAAAGUGUAGAUCAUGCAUUAUAUGUUGAAAACAAUGGUGGUGCAAAUAUAGAAUAUGAAGCUGAAAAUGGAGAACCAUACACACAAAGACAUUACACUGCCAAACAUGAUAAAUAUCAACAUCAAGAAAUAGAAAAAUCAAAUAAUUGUAAGCAAUCUAAUUCAUAUGCAGAACACUUAGAACUAAAAAGUUACCAUCAAGCAAGUGAUUUAAGUUAUAGAAGCAACAUAGAUGAAACUCAGAAUCAUUUUCAAAGGCUUAGUCUCAGUUCACAAGACCGACAUUCAAAUGAAGAAACUAUUAUGCCAGCUCAUUACAAUGAAAGUCCUUAUAACUCAAGAGCUGAGAAUGUUCCUAAUUUUGAUCCCUCAUAUCAUAGACAAGAACAUGUUAUGUGCCACAAUAUACCAGCAAGUAAUUAUCAUGACAAUGUCUAUGAACAAGACACUUAUUCCUGUAACAAGGAAAAGAUAUACGGUCAACGAAACUAUAAUGCUUAUGGUUAUCAUAGCCAUGCAGGCCAUGACUUGCCUCCUGGCCCCAGAGUACAUACAGUAAGUCAAGUAGUCAGUUCAACAACAAUGCCAAAUUUGAGUAACUAUAACAAUGUGUAUGUGCAACCAACAGCUGAAAGUCAUCAUUUCUCUGGACCGUUACAUCAAUCUACAACUCCAAAUGCUAAUGUUUAUGGUAUGACAUCAAGUCCUACUUACAUUCCAUCUCAAUCGCCCGAAUUAUAUUCACCUACUGGUCACACAAAUGCAACAAAUCCAUACAGAAUGACAAACACUCCCUUAGUAACGGAUGAUGGUAGCUUCAGUCAUGUCCAAUCUCCAACGAGCCAGAAUGCAUAUGAUUUGUAUGAUGCAGGACCAGCUACUCAUUCUCCUAAUGUGGUAAGCCAUCGUCAUAGUCCAAGCGGAGUAACGGAGAGUAUGUAUAUGAGGGGAAAACCUCCUCCAUAUCACAUUGCGGCGCCUUACACCAAACAUGCUCAGUACUUUAACGGAACGGGUGGAUAGUGUUUGCAUUUUGCAGAGAACUGCAGACACUGUAUGUGUGAACAAUGUUUGUGUAAAUAUUGUCUGUGUGAAUUAAACUACUAUCAUCACUAACUAUUUAUUUAUCUAUGAAAUAGUUCUUUUUUUAUAUAUUUAUAACUGUAACUAUUUUCUGGAUGUGCAAUUUAAAUGUGAUAUGUAUUAUGUAAUGUUUAAAUAAUCUAUAUUUAAGGUGCUAAGAAGAGGAUUAUGCAGGAACAUUUUUAUAAAGGAUACCUUUUUGAGAAUGGUUAACAAAGAAAUAAAAAGGAUUAUAUUUUAAAUUGUUUAGUAGGUACUGUUAUAGUACAAAUGUAACAACUAUGUUGUUUCAUAUUGAUGUUCACAAGUAGUUUCUUGUAUGUUAAAAUUCUAAUUACUAACAAUAAUCUGAAAAUAUUAUGUAAAAAUGUAUAGAUAUGUGAUAAGUAUAAAAGAUUAAUGUUAAAAAAUGAGUAGCAAAACAUUAUAUGAUUGAAAAUGUAGUUAUAGUUAAUGUUUUUACCAAAUUAUUAUUAAAUUGAAAAACAAAUACACACUUUAGCUAGUUGAUUCAAUCAAAUGUUAAGUACUAUAAGAAAAAAUGCACUGUUUGGGCUCCCUGCGUACAUCCCUUAAAAAUAAUUGGCAAAUUAAUGAAUUAAUAAAUAAAUUAUUUUAAUGUAAUUUUGUCAGAUUGUGGUUACUGGUUUAAAUUGUACAAUUUGUGUAGCUCUCUAUUAGAUUACAUAGACGUAAAAUUAGUAUGUUAACAUACAUAAUAAUUCACUUAUAGUAAAAUCUAUAAACCUUAGUUGUAUGCCAAGAUAAUAAAACUAACAGUUAUCUGGAUGGAACUACAUGUUAACUUUAUAGAAACAAAUUUUAACAAAAGCGAUGUAAUUUAUAAUUAAUUUUAUAAUAUUUAUAUUUUCAAACCGAAUUUAAACUUGAUUUUUUUAUGUAACAGAGGCAUGUAGAUUUUUUGUCUUCAUUGUACAAUCUAGGAAAUUUACGGUGUUCUACAUUAACUGCUAAGAGGUCUUGAAAAACUGGUCCUUUUAUAAAUAAUCUAUUAAGUAGUAGUUAAAAGUAAAGACACCAGUCUAUUACUGUGCAAGGAACAAGGUACUGAAGUCAUACACAACGGAUUUCCGCGACUGUACAUCAAUUUCAUUUAAAUGCAUGAGGAAUAGAAGGGACUGACAGGACUGUGCCAAAUGGAAACUUCCGAAUAGUACACUUCAAAUUUAUUUUUAUAAAAAAAGGUUAAUUAUUGUUUGAACAAUAUUGGAUGUUUUAAAAGAUAAAUAACACUCUAAUUUUUAUUAUUUAAAGUUCGUUGUUAAGUGUGAUGCAAAUGUUUUGUAACUAAUAAACCGCAAGCGAAGGCGACUGUCCAUGUACGACAAAAAUUGUAAGCACCCUGUGUACUAGUUCUUAAUCUUUUUUCUGCUGCUCUUAGCAUGUUUUUGUAUUCAAUUAUUAUAGACAAAAUCUAUGGAAGUCUGAAAUAACAAUGUAUUUUGUAUUUUUUUUAUUCUGGCUUUGUCUUCAAGUUCCUCGUUUGUGUGCUAUAAUUAUUUAUAUGAGAUCAUUACGAAACAGCCAUUUACAUUUAAAUUGAUCUAUACGUGAGUUCACAUUGCCGAAACAUUUAUACAAAACAUUUACUGAUCUCAAGUUUUUCUGAAACGGAAAGAGGGAUAGGAACAAUGUUAUGUGAUUGUUUUCGACUAUGUGAGCUCGCUUAGAAAAUUUAUAUCAUUAACCUUCAUAUGUAUUUAAAUUAUAUUACUAUUGUGUUAAUACAAUGCAUUGAAUGCAAAUGAGACUAAGAAAUAAAAUAGUAUUAUAAUGUAAUAAUGAAUUCUUUGUUAUUACAAUACAACAUUGAAGUGUCAACUUCAAAUAAAUUUUUAUUUUUUUAACAUUUUUAAACUAUUAUCAUUCCUUUUAGUUAUGAGAUGAUAAUUACAUUUUUAAGGAUAUAUAUUUCAUAUUAUCCUAUAGUUUAUAUGUGUUACUUAAAAAUGUAUUAAAA